GCGCCCAUGACGAUGCUGCUGGACGGAGGGCCGCAGUUCCCGGCGCUGGGGGUGGGCGGCUUCGCGGCGCCCCGCCACCACGAGAUGCCGGGCCGCGACCCCGCCGCCGGGAUGGGACUGGGCCCCUUCGGGGACUCCUCGCACGCCGCCGCCGCCUUCAAGCUGAACGCGGCCCCGCACGACCUCGCCGCCGGGCAGAGCUCCGCGUUCACCCCCCAGGCUCCCGGCUACGCCAGCGCGCUCGGCCACCACCACCACCACCACCACCACCACGCCGGCCAGGUGCCCUCGUACGGCGGGGCCGCCGCCUUCAACUCCACCCGCGACUUUCUGUUCCGCAACCGCGGCUCCGGGAUCGCGGACGCGGGCUCCGGCACGGCUCAGCACGGCCUUUUCGGCGGCUCUCCCGGAGGUUUGCACGGCCCCGGCGGCAUCCCGGACAGCCCGGGCUACCUGCUCUUCCCCGGGCUCCACGAGCAGAGCCCGAGCCACACGUCCCCCGGCGGGCACGUGGACAACGGGCAGAUGCACCUGGGGCUGCGCGGGGACCUCUUCGGGCGGCCGGAUCCGUACCGCGCCGUCUCCAGCCCCCGCACGGACCCUUACGGCGGGGCCCAGUUCCACAACUACAACCACAUGAACAUGAAUAUGGGCGUGAACGUGGCCGCUCAUCACCACCACCACCAUCAUCACCACGGGCCCGGGGCUUUCUUUCGGUACAUGCGGCAGCCCAUCAAGCAAGAGCUGUCCUGCAAGUGGCUCGACGAGAGCCAUCUCAGCCGGCCCAAGAAGAGCUGCGACAGGACUUUCAGCACCAUGCACGAGUUGGUCACCCACGUCACCAUGGAGCACGUCGGGGGUCCGGAGCAGAACAACCACAUCUGCUACUGGGACGAGUGCCCGCGGGAAGGCAAAUCCUUCAAGGCGAAAUACAAACUGGUCAACCACAUUCGGGUGCACACGGGGGAGAAGCCCUUCCCCUGCCCCUUCCCCGGCUGCGGGAAGAUCUUUGCCCGCUCCGAGAACCUCAAGAUCCACAAGCGGACGCACACAGGUGAGAAGCCCUUCAAGUGCGAGUUUGAGGGCUGCGACCGGCGCUUCGCCAACAGCAGCGACAGGAAGAAACACAUGCACGUCCACACCUCGGACAAGCCCUACAUCUGCAAGGUGUGCGACAAAUCCUACACCCACCCCAGCUCGCUUAGGAAACACAUGAAGGUGCACGAAUCCCAGGGCUCGGACUCUUCCCCUGCAGCCAGUUCAGGCUAUGAGUCCUCCACCCCCCCGGCGGUGGGCUCGGCCGGCAGCAAGGACUCCACGAAAACGCCGCCGGCAGCCCUGCAAGGGAACCCCGGCCACAACCCCGGCCUGCCCCCCAAUUUUAACGAGUGGUACGUGUGAAGGCAGCGGCUGCCUGGCCAGAGACUGGACCAAACGCCUUGGGAACGAGGCAGAAAGGACAAGCCAAGCCCACUGCAGCUCGCCCCCACGGAAAUGGAGUUUCCACACCGACGACCGCAUAGGGCUAGUUAACUGCCAGGAGCCGGAGGGGGGUGGGGGUGGGGGGGGCAUCAUUUAUUAUUAUAUUAUAAUUAUUACUAUUUUUUGCAAGCCGAGACGCUGGACUAGCCAUGUCCUUUUCUCAGGAUUGGAUUUCUUUUUUUUUUUCUUUUUUUUUUUUCUUUUUCUUUUUUCUUUUCUUUUUUUUUGCAGUCGUUCCUUUGAUUUAUUCUUUCCCCUCUCCCUGCCCAGUACCUCUUCCUCCGAUUUCCCCCCACUUUUUACUUUUAAUUUUGUUUUGGUUUUCUUCUUCUUUCGGUGGGAUGUUGACAUGAGGAUGAAAAUUCUCCUUCGCCUUAGUGGUGAUUGUUUAAACUUACAGUCUUAAACCAUGCCAAAGUCCUGUUAUGUCUUGAACUUUCCUCUCUAGCUCUCCUGCUGCUUCUCUCUCUGCUCUCCUCCUCUUUCUCCUUCUCUCUCUCUCUCUCCAAGCAUUACACUUGUGAAUGUAUUCUCAUCUGAUGGGGUCGGUCAGUAUUUUUCAGGAUGAGGAUGUGGUGUUUAUUCUACCCAGAUUGUGACGUUUAGUAUAACAGUUGCCUUUUUGUAAUAACUUUUUUUGUAAAUACAUAUCCAUGAUGCCAUAUUUAUCGUUCGUAAUUUAAUUAUUGAUACAAAGUGCCGGGAACUGAACAAUAUUUAUGGGGGAGAAAAAAAUUGUUUUCUAACAAAAAAAAAAAAAAAUACAAACAGCAACAACAACAAAAAAAAAUUCAACUCUGUACAGCUUUUGGCUAUAACUGCUUUAGCAUUAAAAGUUUAUUGUUUUGGAAAGAGCCCCCGAGAGCCGUUUUUGACCUCCUUCGUGUCCCCUCCCCCUCCCUUUUCGGGGGCCGUCGUGGGCCGGUUCGGGUCCGCGCCGUUGUUUUGGGGCCGGCGAUGCGGGAGAAGCGUCCCGCUCCUCGCUGCCGCUUUUUCUCCUGCCUUUUUGUCCCCGCCCUCCGCUUCGCAUCCCUUCCCGAGCCGACGGAGCCCGGAGCGCGGCGGCGCCGACGGAGAGGAGCCCCGGGGGCAGCGGGGCCGCCCGACGGUGAGUACGGGGCCGGGAGCCGGCAGAGGGCUGCUUCCCGGAGGGGGACACGGGAGACUUCGAGGCGCGCCGGACUUAGUCCGUUAUCGUCUGCUUUUGUUGUUUUGUUUUCGUUUUGCUUUUUUCUUUAUUUCCGAUCAGGAUUCGACAAAGCGUCCCCAUCCCCAGGAGAGCUGAGCCGGGGAACUCCAACGCCGCCGAGGAGCCUCAAACAACCGAAGCGACGGUGGAAAACCUCUCCUCUCAAAGUUCCGUGCUCCGCUCCGGGAGACGCCCAGCACCGCACGGGCUGCGGCGGGACGAGGCGGCUCCGUGUCCCGGCGGUGCGCGGCCGCUGCUCCCCCCGGUGCCGCAGUCGCAUCGUCCUCGGAGCUCUCUGCGGGUGGGGACCCCCCGGGCCGCGCACCUCCGCCGUCCGGGAGCGGCCCCCCCCCGACGGGUCCGUCUUGAACUUGACUCGGGGACGCCGCGAGCUGCCGGGGCUGUCCCGUCUCCUCUCGCAUGAUGCUCGGGCGAGCGGCCCACGGGAUACUGAAUACUUUAAAAAUUAACCUUCAGCGAAUUUCUGAUCUCUCCACAUCCUCCCCCCUCCCCGAAAAAAAAAAAAAAAAAGAAAAAAAAGUUAAAAAAAAAAAAAAGUCUUUUUAUCUGGCAGGAAAAGAAAGGAGAAAGAUAGACAGCAGUGUCCGGUGCUGCACGUCUGAAAAACAAAACAAACAAACAAACAAAAAUCCCAAGCCCGGUAAAGGCAGCUUUUCCACCUACACUCAUUGCUGAUUUUUUUCCCCUUAAAACAGUUGCAGGGUUCCCCCCGAGGUGCCCGGCCAGCCGUGCUCCCGCUGCUCGAUGCCGUGUGAGCCCUCGUUGUGCGUGGAGCCCCGGAGCCGCGCCGGGCCAGGAGGAGCAGAGCCGCCUGGGGCCGUCGGGUUUCCCUCGGACGCCCACCUGUGUCGUGUCUGCUUCAGCCUCAGAAAGGUGCCGGUAGGCUCGGAUUUGUUACUGCUUUGGUUGGAAGCGGGGAGGCGUGGGGUGUUCAGGGCUCCGUGGAGGUCCCCCGGGCUGAGGGCUCUGCCCUGGGCAGCUGGAGUAGUUUGGGAUGUGAGCUUCGAUGGCACCACGGCCCUUUAUGGUUGUGCUGGUUCCUGCCGUGCCGACCCUGAUAAGUUGUGUCCGUGGGUUUGCAGCACGGCUCCAGCCGUGUUCCUAGCAAGGGCUUAAAUCCGGCGUCCUGUGUCAUUUGCCUCCUCUGGGUCACUCGCAGCCUUGGGGUUUCCCCAUCCAGCCUUCAGAUGGGGAAUUGGGAGCAGACCGCUGUCUGCACCCCGCUGAGGUCAGGGCCUCCCUGCUGAGGCUGCUGCUCUACAGCACCCCCAAAAAAGGGGGCAGGGGCAGCUGGGUUGUUCGUGUGUCUUUUGGAAUGGAGGUGAUGUUUGGGAUGGGUGUACACGGGGCUGGCAGCCUGUUUUGGGGCUAUGAGAUGCUUUCAGAGCGAGAUGCUUGGGGUUAGCAGUGAGGGGAGGGGGCAGCAGGGCUGUGUCCCUAUGAACAUCAUGCUGUGCUGCUGCUGAGUGCUUGUGGAUAAAUAAGGAUCUUUUUCUUUCUGUAAAAGAAGCUAAAAGGCUCCAUUCCUCACUUUGGCCCAUAUUAGAGAGACUCGGACAGUCCUGGAGCACGGGAUACUCUUGCUUUAUUCCUGCAUUCCUUAGGCUGGUUGUGGGGUGAGCUCCUGAACGCAGUGCCAGGGCCUGGCAGUGGGGCAUCCUCUGUGCUCACAGUUUGGGGUUUCUCCCUGCAAACAGGGCAGGGUGGUGCUGGUGAAACAGGUGCCCCGUUAGCACAGCUCUCGGUGCGUCGUUAAGAAUGGAUCUGGCGUUGCACCCUGAAGGGUCCCAGGACUGCGCACAAAAAGGGGCCGUGUUCUGCUGUCCUCUCUCAGGCUGGCAGCCCUCUUGAAGUUGCUCCAUGAGCGGGAUUAGGUGGAUUUGUCCCCAAAUAAACAGAACUCAGGAUGGUUUUCUAGAAGGGCUAACAUGGUGAUUCAUUGUGCUAUAAAGAACCCAAGCAGAGGCAGGCAAUGAGCUGGAGCCAUUCCUUUUCUACCACGCUUUAUGAGCCAUGAAUAUUUUGAUUCCUUUGGUGUCAUUGUUUGCGCGUAUCUGUAUCUGUGUCUGGUGUAACCCAAUGAAAAUAAUAUAUAUUUUUUCAAGCUCUGUGCGUGCUGUUGGCUGCACGCAGUGGGAAGGCAGUCCCAAAGGCGUUUGAUCAGGUUGUGCACAAGUGUCUCAGAGCUACAGCACCAGGAAUUAAGUUCCUUUAGUAACUCUGCUGGCUGCAAAGCCCUCAUUCCCAAAGCGGUGGUGGGCUGCAGCAUUGUGUUUGCAUCUCUUCUUUUGUUUUUUUUCCAUACAGUGUUCCCAGAUUAAACAUAUUACACACUAACUAACUGCAGCUUUUUCAGCCGAGCCUAACUUUUGGAUAAGCCAUCCCCUCUAUUGAUGCUUUCGGCACGACCAAACUAUAUGGAAAGCACCUCUGCAGAGACGCGCGCUUGUUUUGGACAGGCAAAACUCUAGAGGAAGCUUUAAAUUCUUUGCAGAAAUCUAAUUGUAUCGGGCAGAAGGAAAGAAUUUGCGUCGUGUUGACUUAUCUGUGCCUUCAUCCCUGGAGCUGAGCCAUUUGGUUCACCUCGCCGUGCCGUUUGCAUGCUUUAAAAACACGCUGUGUGCCCCGCGAGUGCUGCUCAGCACAGUGCUCGGAGGGCUGUAACAGUGCACAGAGGGAGCGAGGGCCGUCCUGCUGAAGGCUGUAUCAGAGGCUUGCAGGGAUGGAAGGCAGCAGCGUAGCUUUGUGUUACGAUGUGAGUUUUUACUCUUGGUUAACCAGGCUUGAAGGGUAUGGUGCAGCAUGGAGCCAGGCCUGCUUCCCCUCACCAUCCCAGCUUUUGGUGGCUUCGGGGGCAGAAAUGAGUGCUGGGCCUUAUCCGUGGGCCGUGGCCUUGUGCUGAGAGGUCACAGCGGGGUGGGAGACGUCAGCUUUGGGUUUCUGCUUGCUGCACAGAGAGCACUGAUGUGGGGAAGGCUGGCGGCAGGCAGGGCGUCCCGACAGGCAGUGAGCACAGCCCUGAAAUAGGCUGCCCUGCAAGAAAUACACUGCCCUGCAAGAAAUACGCUGCCCACCACCUCCUCUCUGAAUCCCUCCCCAGUUUCACUGAGACAAUAAUAUAUUGCAAAAAUACUCUUUCAUUAUUAUUAUUAUUAUUAUUAUUUAAAUGACCGUUUUUUGCUGCUUUCUGUACUUUGCACGACACAGUUCUCACCCUGUUUUGAUCAGCAAGGUGUUUUUGUUCCCUUUUCCCCUGUUUUUCUCCUUAUUUUCAUCUGUCGAGUGCUUGUUUUUGCCCGCGUUAGCAGGACGCAGUUGAAUUGAAGGUUUCAUGUGUUGGGGCCGCGGAGAGAAAUUUGGCCAUAACUUGAGGGAAAGUCUGAUGUGGGGCUGAGGGACGGUCUCGAAUUCAGGGCUAAAUCUCUGUGCAGCGGAUGGUGUGCGCAGAGUUCUCAGCCCCACGCUGAGCCACGCGGGCAGAGCUCUGCUGCUCACUGGUGCAGAUGGUCCCCAGACUCAGCAAUUCCCACAAUAUUCCUAUUGACUAAAAAAGAAGAUGCCGCAGCUGUCAGCCACCCACCUUUAAGGACCGCUCUGAAACAGCAUUGCUUCGUUUGGCAAAGUGCAGCAAGAAGAAGAAAGGGGAUUUUUUUUCCCCCCCUUUUCCCCUGUUUUUUUCUUUCCCUUCAGUGUUGUGAGCCUCACUUGCCAGAUUUCAUUUCGCCUUUUGUUGUGAAGCUGUUUAGACCAAAGAAGCAUAACGUACCUGUGCUUCGGAGCGGGGUCUGAGCUUCCAUUUAAUUGCCUGAAUCUGGAAGUUGAAUUGUAUUUAAAAAGAAAUGAGGCUAUUAAUAAUAAUCUAAGAACUGGCAGCGCUGUGGCGGUAAAAUAUAGAUUUAAUUUUUAAUCUUGGGCCUGCAGAAGUGUUUUAAAAUAAUGCAGUAAGUGGGGAUGAUUUACUUUAAUGUCUUUGCAAGCACUCCGUUUGUAUUUAAAAUGAGAUUCCGGCGUGACGUUGCAAUCUGCCCUUCUUUCUGUUUCCUUUUCGCUCUGUGCUGGUGCGGGAGGAGCAGGCGGGCAAAGGAGCAAAGGAGCAGGAACUGUGCCUUGAAGAUUCUCCCUGCGCCUUCAGGAGGAUGCUGGGCUGAGCCAAAAUCAAAGCGCUCUGCUGUGCUCGCGCUGUGCUGCUGAGGAGUUGGUUUCAGAGGAGUUCCCUCAGCCGGUCAGAGAUCUCAGGUUGGAGAUUUAUUUUCUUGCUAAAGGGGGGGAAAAAUGUAAUUAAAAGACCUGAGUAACGCUCAGUUCCUUUAUAAAAAUUACAAGCAGACGUGGGGCAUUGUGAGAAUGGUGAUGUUGAUAAAAAGACUUGGUGGGCUGUGUGGAAACCCACAUGUGAGUGGUUUCAGCAAGACCCCACCUGUGUCCCUGGCUGUGAUUUCUGUUAGCUUUGCUUUGCAUUCGCACUCUCUUUGUAUGUUUACUAUACCAGCAUCAACCGUGUCAGCUGUAUGGUGAUGUCUGUAAUCAGAGGACAGAGCAAAACAGAGUGUGCUCACAUCUGGGUCUGUUAAGAGCCACACUCUCAGCGUCUGUGGCACUCAAACAGCUUUUUAGACAUUUCUAACACAAACUUGGGCACCCGCAGUAUGAAAGCAAGGUUUGUUCUUGUCGUUCAUCUUUCAUCCCAGCUAGGUGAAAAAAUAGUCUUGAUUAGAAUAGUUUGCAUCAGUGCUGUGGUUUUGUCACGCUUCUACUUCAUUGUUUUACCAUAGCUUAAGAAAGAGUUUCUUUCCAGGCUGACAAUAAAUUACUGUGAAAGAAAGAAGUCAGCGUCAGUGCCCCCUACAAAGCUCCCAAUCACGGAGGCAUCAGCAAAACGUGGAUGUUCUGAAAACGUUUUCUUCUUUUCAGUAAUAUUCUGUUCUUAAUCUUGGGCAGCCUUGUGCAUAUAAGCUCGUCGUCAGUGCGAGUAAAUCGUGCCCAGCAGUAGGGCGGGCACAAGGAAGGGGGCAUAGGAGAAAUACUGCAUUUCAUAAACACAAUCACCAGAGCAUUAGGAGAGCAAACAUGUGGUUUUAUGAACAUAGUUAUAAAUAUUUAAACAUGCAAAAUGAAAACGUUGCUAAAUGUCUGCUUUUCAUUAUCUUUCAAUGAACGUUUUCGUUCUUGGAAGCCUUGUUGGCUGUCUGCAGAAAGCGAUCACCACCCCCUCCCCAAAAUGAAUGAUGCGUAAUGCGAAAACGUGUUAAAAUGCACAGUUGUUUGUAAUAUCUUCUACCAAAGUGGAAGGCAUUCUACCAAAUUUGGUAUUCUAUUGAAUCCCAGAGUAUCCUUGCCCCACAAACAGGAACCAGCCUGCUUCUGUCAGCAACUUUCUUGCUGGAUGUUAGGAAAAAUCUGAGGGCAGCUUUGGAAAUAGAUGCCGCUUAAUGCACUUGGAGACGUGUCCUGUGAUCCUUCUCCUUCCUACAGAAGUCAACGAAAGAUGCCACAGCUGAUUUUACCAUCAUGAAUACGUUGCUUUGAAAAUUCAGCAAGUGUUCAAGCAUUUCCCAUGCCUCCAUGGAAGGGUUUGGAGGCUGCAGGGGGAAUUUCAUGCUGGGGAGCCGCGGUUCUGCCCCUGGAUGGGCUGUUGCAGGGGUGUGAGUCUGCGCCUUUAAAUAGGAGCAUGGCAAGCCGCAGCAGUAUGGGUUGUGCAAUUUUGCUUGCGUGAGUGGAGGCCUGUGAAAGAGCUGGGGCCACGCUGUGCAUCACUGUUCGUAAUAAGGCAGGUGUCUGGAUCCUGGGAUCCUGCUCUCUUGGCUUCAUUCCUGCCCGGUUGUUAUAUUCCUGCAAUGCUCUGGCUGGGCCGUGUAUGUCACGGGAGAAGAUGCCGAUUUUAUUUAUUUAUUUGUUUUCUAAACGCACCGGGAAACCCGUUUUCUAUUAGUUCCAUAUUUAAUCCUGGGCGCCGUGAGUUUCUGCUGUGCUGGGCAGAGCACGGCAUGCCGCGCUGGCACGCACACACGUGCCUGCUGCUCGCUGCAUGUUCCUCCUGCAGUUGCUCCCACCAAUAAAUCCGCACUUGCCGCAGUCAGAAUGGAAAUCUUAAAGACAAAGGAUUCGACUGGGCAGUUUUUAUUGCUGUGAUAGAGCAGAAGGCCUCAAAUUAAGGGACGGUGCCUGCGUGGAUGCCGUCUCCUGCCAGCACUGCGCCGGUACCAAGGACUGUAAAGGGUUUCUUACUACUGUGCUGCAGCAAAUCCCAAAGAAAUGGUGGAUGAGAAGUGAACAUGGAGGAGCAUGGGGCCCCUGCCCUGUGCAAAGCUGCCCUGGCACAGCUUGCAGGGCCAUGGCCGGCUGCAGUGCGUGGGCACAGCCGGUCCCGUUCCCAUGCCGGGGCUGUGGGAUGGAGCCUGCUGGCAACCCCAACCCAGGGCUGGUUUCUGGGGGCAGGCGUGGUGGGGCUGCUCCCUGUGUGCUUACGUCAAUGCAGACCUUUCCACGGACUCCAGUCUGGGUUGGAUCAAGCCUUGCAUGGUUGUGGCCCUUGUGCAUUUCAAAACUGUAUUAAUCUAUAUCUGGAUCCCAAUGGGGCACUCGGGAUGAGCUGAGCUCAAACAAUCCUUGGCAGGAGGGACAGAGUGGAGUUGGCGGGGAUUUUUGUCCUGUUAUUGGUUACUUGGGGGAAGGAAUGUAUGCACCAGUUUAAUAUAUGACAACUUGAGGUCUGUCAUCUUAAGCAUAUUAGAAAAGCCUCAUUUUUAACAAAUCCCAGAGCGUUCGGCAGGCAUCGUGCUGCAGCUGCACUGGGACCAGGCAAUGGCUGUGGAUGGAGGCAUGGGGCUGCUUGCUGUCUCAGUGCAUGGUUGGGACAGCUCUGAGGCCGCUGGGGGAUGGACCCUGGGCCGCUCACCCCUUGGUUGGGGGAUGGAUGGGGAGACAAAAGUCCUGGGGCAGAGAAAAGCUGGCAAAUGAGACAGCAUCAGUGCAGCCCAUAGAGCCCAUGCACUAAAAGCUUUUCCUGUCUGGUUCAAUGCGUCCCCAGUGAAUUUGGCUAGGGAGUUACAUACUGAGCUCAGAGGAGACUUUCUUCUCUAUGGUAAAAUCUUCAAAAAAACUUCCUAAAGACCUUGAGAUAGAUUUUACACUCUCUAUCAGUGUGAUAUUUCCUCCAGUGAAAAUAAGGAUUGAUGCUUCUGUUGGAAAUGGUCUUGUAUAAAUUCAUCCUUUCUGCUUUUCCUCUCUGGAUUUCUAAAGUAUGAAAAAUUCAACCUAGUAAAGACUUUUCAGCAAGUUUAUUUGGGUUUGUUGCAUCAAGCACAAGAAAUUCAGUCCAGGUAGCUGUUUUACCCUAACAUGGUUAGGAAGGAAGGAGGAAACUUAUUCUGUUGUAUUUCGGUUUGGUUCGGGGGUGGGGAGGAGUUUGGAAAACAGCUUUCUCUAUUUUUACCAAGCAUUAUUUUCAUUUUUCUCAAUCGACGCAGCACCCAAGCUCUUAGCAAGCUGCUGCCUUCAACAACAUCCCCAUAAGGAGCAAACUGAAACAGCACAAGGAGUAGAUGUCAGCCUCAGACUGACAACUGCGCUUCUGGGUAAUCUAAUGCCAUUUUAAUAUCUUGCUUUUAAUUCAGCUCAGCGAAUGCUUUGAUGGACACGGCACUGAUGCUCGUGAGCCCGAGUUCAGUUGUUAGUGCCAUGUCAGAAAUUAUUUUUCACAGACGACUGUAGCUGGAGCGUCAGCUCCCAUUAUGUGUAUUAAGUGUAUCGGUAUAUAUUAAGUAUAUAUGACCUCUGAGAUUCUGGGCUAGCACGCUGCAUUUUGUAGCCUUUGGUUUGCUCCUGCGGUGACAAGAACAGAAGGUCUCUGGUUAACUUUUGACCAUUGACAUAUUAAAUGAAGAUGCGCGUUUGAGCAACAUCAGUGAUUUCAAUUGACUCAUCAAUUGCCAUUGCAUAGCAGUCUUCAUGUUUCACUUUGGUAACAAGCUGAUCUGCCACAUCUGAUGCCAGCAAUUCAGUCCUUCAAACAAAUGACAUGUUUGAUAAAGAAAUCUUUUUAAAUUCAUUAUGCACUUUGGCUUUUGUCUUUCCUUUUAAUACAGCAUCUGUUGCAGCCGGGAUGCAUUCCUUGAUCGUUUCUGAGUCUGCCAUUAUUUUUCUGCCUGCCCAGUGUCCCAGGGACGUGAAACGAAGCCGCUGCGCUUUGCUGCCGAGCACUGAAACUCUGCACCAACAUUCAAUUUGAUCUCUCGGAACUGACUGCAAUAAAGUGGUUUCGUCAGCACACACUUGUGAUAAAAAGGCGACACGAAGAAAGCCAGCGAGCUGAAAGGCCCUGCGUUUUCCUGGGAAGACAAUAGGAUAUCUGGCUCUUUAUUUGUUUCGUGGAUUCCUUGUGCAGCCAUUUAAAUUCAGCCGAAGGCUCCAAAUGUCUAAACUUUAUCCUGGGCAUUUUAUUUAUUUUUUUUUCAGUGCUGGAAAGGAAUAGAGUUAAGUGUCCCAAGGGGAGUUUUAUAGAAAAUGCUAUGUGCAAUGUUAAUGAGUUGGGAAGGGGUCGUAUGUUUUUUCAUAUAGAGCCUAUGCAGGAACAAAUAUGGAACCGGAGGAGAAACCAUCUGCAGGGACCCAGUGAGGUGUGCCAGCGGGUGAUCCUGGGCUGCUGUCACCCCUAAAUGAUGAACAAAAGACUUCAAUCCCAAGAGCCCCCCGUGCCCCUGCAUGGCUCUGUGCUGGGCUGGGUGAAUAGCCGGGGCUGGAAGAAAUGACAAACUUCUUGGGUGCCACAAGAGAUUGCUUCAGCGUUACUGAUCCUCACUCUGCUCGUUACUGAAAAUGCAUCCAGCAGCUAUAUGGGUCAGACUGCUAAAUUUGUAGACACGGAGUGUCAGGAAGCCUUUUUGUCAACUUCGUACCGUUUAGUAUAUUUGUCCUCAAGUUCAAAGCAAUCCUGGCCCCAGACUUGUGAUAUUUUCUGCCCUUUCCCCUUUCUGUUGACUCAGGCCUCUUCCCUUUGAGGUCAACAUCAAAAUAAAGAUGUAUGUUUCCUCAGCCUGA